UGACUAAAGAACGAAUGAAGGUGUUAGUUUAUUAAAAGUUUUACAACAAGACAAAUUAUUAAAAAAAAAUAUAUAAAUAAAUCAACUAAUUUUUAUAAAGAAAAUAUAUUUUUAAACUGAUAUCUUAAUAACUUUUAAAACCAUCUAAAAACGUCCUGAAAAAGUAAAGAAAAAUGUCUUCGGAAUUAGUUUUAAAAUUGGAGUUAGAAGAACCUAGCCUAAAGGCACAACAAAAGGCUUUACAGGAACUAAGAGAAACCCCGGAAAAUAUACGCAAAGGCUUAAAAGAAUUUAAAGAAUUAUUGGAAGGCUUAACCGAUUUAAAUAUACCCAAGACGGAUGAAAAGUGGCUGUUAACAUUUUUAAGAGCUUGUAAAUUUUAUCCAGAAAGUGCCAGAGAUCUGGUAAGACGUUAUUUUAAUAUACGCCAAAAAUAUUCUGAAAUUACAAAUCUCUUAACACCGCUGAAAGUGAAACAAGUAUUUGACGCCAAUAUAGUAAGCCUACUACCGCAACGUGAUCAGGAAGGUAGACGUAUUAUAGCAACACACGCUGCUGGCGAUCGCUGGAAUCCGAAACUUAUAUCCUUGGAUGUCAUCUAUGCCGCCAGUACUUUAUGCACAGAACUCAUACAACUUGAACCGGAAACUCAAAUAAAUGGUGUUGUCUAUAUAGCAGAUAUGAAGGGUUUAGGCAUAAGUCAAGCUUUACAAUAUACACCCAGUAGAGCACUGCGUACUCUUAACUAUAUACAAAAUAAUAUACCCUUAAGAGUUAAGGCAAUACAUUUUGUUAAUGCGCCAAAAAUCUUUGAACCCAUAUUUGGCGGUGUUAAAAUAUUCUUUAACGAAAAAUUUGCCAAACGUAUACUAAUACAUAGUAAAGGUUUUGAUUCUCUACAUCGUUAUAUAUCACCCGAAUAUUUGCCGGAAUGUUAUGGCGGUACCUUAAAAAUGGAUUUGUUAUAUGGUCCCGAAACAUAUAAGCUGCUGUUACCAUAUCAGGAAUAUUUUGAAAAUUUUGAUAAAUAUGGUUUUAAAAAGUACUAAAUUUUGACAUUUUGACCGUGUCAAAAGUGUAAUAAAUUUCAUUUUAUUUUGGUAAAUAGUGA